GUGGAACUUCAGAAAUUUGGCUUUGCAGCUGUGCACCAAACAUUCUUGCAAGACUUUUUCAAAGCAGGCAGGCACAGGGCCCAGAAAAGGCAUCCUCAUUCUUCUUUUUCCCAUGAAAAUAAGCCAAGCAAUCUUUUUUGCUGCUUGCCCAGGAGGACUACUUGCGGCUCACCUUGACCAGUCUCAUUGGUACAGGGCCAUUUGGUGUUUGAGCUGGGCAGCCGCACGAAGACUGGAGACCGAUGCCCCUGGCAUUGAGGUCCUAUUACAUCAGAAGUUGCACUGCUGGUUUUAGGAGAUCAAACAUGCUGAAGUCUACAACCUGAAAAUCCCUCCAGAAACAGAAAAUAGAAAAGAGAUGGUUCAAUCCUCAUGAAGUAAUUUAAUUACCAAGUUAAAUGCCAAGUUUGGAGAGGGAGUUCAAGUUUCUCCAGGCUGUUGCAACGGGGUGCAGCCGGGCCAACCAGUGGCCAAAAGCGCUGGCCUUGGGCGCACCGCAGGGGCUUCCCUGGCAAGCUGCUCUUUCGUUGCCCAGACUUGAAGGACUUGAUGUUAUCAUGAAUGUUAUGCAGGCCUGCCUCAUGGAUGCGGAAGAUGCUUCCUGGUCUCGAGCUCUGGCUUUGUGCCCUGCCACGGAUGAUGCCCCUUUGCUAGCGUUGAAGCUGAAUGCCUUCCAGGUUGGGAUGCACACUGUUGCUGCAUUAGCAACCCUUGUCUUGCUGCAGAAAGCAGGUCUUCGGCAUGUGAAGAGUCUUCUCCCAAGAAUGCGAUGAGAGUCUUCUCCAGACUGCAUUCACGACGUUUUCUGAAGACUUUCACCUGAGAGCAACUCAGAGGGUUUGCUUAGCUAAGAAGCACUUGACAACUUGGCCUUUGCCUACUUCACAAGCAAGCGAAGCAUCGGCGGGUUGCUGGUGAAGCAGACGCACUGAUUGAACAUCGUGACA